AUGGCCGACUCAACCAAUCCUGAUACCACUCGAGUCGUUGACUCGAAAAAAGUAUGGACAACUCUUAUAACAAACACAGCUUAUCUCUCCGGCCUUCUCACCCUAGACUACUCUCUCAAAAAGCAUGGCUCUGAGUACCCUCUCCUUGCUCUAUAUACCGACACAUUUCCUCCAGAAGGUCACCGCGCUCUCGAGAUCCGUAAAAUCCCCAAGAAGCGAGUCAAAUACCUCCUUCCCGCCGUCCACAAAGAUUUUACCAACGACCCUCGCUUCUAUGACUGCUGGAGCAAGCUCACACCCUUUUCCCUAGAGGAGUAUGACAGGGUUGUCCAGCUGGACAGCGACAUGAUGGUGAUGAGGAAUAUGGAUGAGCUUAUGGAAAUUGAGCUCGACGCUCCUGAAAGUGAGGGGAAAGGGAACAGGGUGUUUGCGGCUAGUCAUGCUUGUGUUUGCAAUCCGAAGAAGAAGCCGCAUUAUCCUAAGGAUUGGACCCCAGAGAACUGUGCCUACACCUCACAACACGACCACCCCGAUGCCGCCCAAACUCAAGGCGCCUCUUCUACUUCAGGCUUAGGCAUUCCCAACGGCGGUCUCCAAGUCGUCAAUCCCUCCAAAACCCUCUACGACCUCAUCCAAGAACGCAUGGCUUCAGACAGCGCGGUCAUGAACUACGAAUUCGCAGACCAAUCGCUCCUCUCCGACCUCUUUUCAGGCAGAUGGGUCGCCCUACCAUACACUUACAAUGCAUUAAAGACCUCUCGUGAAACACACGCACCGAUCUGGAGGGACGAUGAGGUGAAGAACAUGCAUUACUUACUUAGCCCAAAGCCUUGGGAUGAGAAAUUGGGGGAAGAGAGUAAUCCAACGCACAGGUGGUGGAUCGAGGCGAAUAUGGAGAGACUAAGGGAGGAAAAGCAGAGAGGUAACUCCCCGGGCUACAUCAUGGCUCUACCCAGAUCAAUACGACGGACAUCUCCUAUAACCCUGAUAUUGGCAGCUGUACUGUCCUUCGGCUUCCUCGUCUUCCUCUUUGCUCCAUCGUCCAAUUCAGGUGCAGUCUCGACCGCCAAGCGAAAAAUCGCCAAUGCCGCCGCUCAUCCUCUAUCACCUCCCACCGCUCCAUUCGUAAAGCCAGAUGCCUCGCUCAAUGGCCUGAGCAAACCGCCGCCGGUCGUCCAUUACCACCUUAACAAUGUCACGACCACCGCCGACCCUAUCGGCAACCAAGAAACCGUCCUCAUCCUUACACCUCUCGCUCGAUUCUAUCAGGGCUACUGGAACAACCUCCUCGCACUCUCAUACCCACACUCUCUGAUCGCGCUUGGUUUCAUCAUCCCUAAAACCAAGGAAGGCCAUACUGCAACCGCGGCACUACAAGCUGCCAUAGCAACCACUCAACAAGGCCCAGAAGGCAAGCGGUUUGCAAGCGUGACAAUCCUGAGGCAAGACUUUGAUCCGCCAAUUUCUUCACAAGACGAGUCAGAGAGGCAUAAGAAGGAGAAUCAAAAGGCGCGGCGAGCGGCCAUGUCCCGAGCUCGAAACUCACUUUUAUUCACGACCCUUGGUCCUUCCACCUCUUGGGUUCUAUGGCUGGAUGCUGACAUUGUCGAGACACCUCCAACAUUGAUACAAGACCUAGCUUUCCAUGACAAACCUGUACUUGUGCCGAAUUGCUUCCAAAGAUUUACCAAUGAAGAAAACAAGCCCGACACAAGGCCAUACGACUACAAUUCGUGGCAGGAUAGUCAGGUAGCUGCAGAUAUGGCGAGGGAUAUGGGACCGGAAGAUAUUAUUUUCGAAGGCUACGCGGAUGUUGCGACAUAUAGAACAUUGAUGGCUAUGACAGCAGACAGGUCAGAGACUCGAAAUCAGCAGGCCAUAAUACCACUAGAUGGUGUUGGAGGUACGGCACUUUUGGUAAAGGCAGAAGUACAUCGAGACGGAGCCAUGUUCCCACCAUUUCCAUUCUACCACCUAAUAGAGACGGAGGGUUUCGCAAAGAUGGCGAGAAGAUUAGGUUGGGGAUGUUUUGGUCUACCGAAUUAUUUCGUAUACCACUAUAACGAGUAG